AUGGUUCAGACGAGUCGCGCCCACAGCCCAGCGGCCGUAGCUUCAAAGAUCCGGCAAGUAUUAAACUUGAGGACCUUCAACACUGAAUCUUCUGCUGCCGAUUCUGCUGAAAAUGUUGUUCAACGCGUCCCCCGCGCCCCACCGCCUUCUCAUCGUAAAAAGCCACAAGCCCGACCCAUCAACAAACGCGUUCUGUAUCAAGCUGCCAUUACAGAACAUCGUAAUAUUAAACACUCAGAAGAAGAAGCCCGGCGUGCGCAAAAUGAGCGCCGGUCUCAAAGAGUCCAACAACAACCUCCAAAGAAACAUCUUGCACAACAUGACGCAGAUGAUCGGGCUACAGAGCGAAGACGGACACCUAGGCGUCACGAGUCAAGAGAAGAGGGACUGACAGGAAAUAAAGACGUUGGUGGAGUUUUUGGGUUUUUGCGACAUAUGAUGAGUUCGAAAGAUCAUCACAAGAAUGAAGCAAGAGAGGAGCCUGACAGACAAAAUGACGAUGGUCGAAUUAUCGGGUCCACGCGGAAAGAGACAAGUUCUAGGCGACAUGACUUGAACGAAGAAAAGAAGCAGAACCGCGAAUCUCGAAGACCACAUCGACGUGUUCGACACACGCAUGAGACAGAGGGGGCUCCAGAAGCUCGAAGGAUCAAGGCUCGACCUUCGCGUAGCCAUCACGAGGAUACCCAGCAAGAGCACGACAACCGAAAGCACAGAGAGGCGGAAACACCCUCCACUCGGGACAGAAGCAUACAUAGUUAUCAUCGACGACGAAUUCAAAGCGAAGAUAGAAGGAUAAGGGAACAAGAUAGAGGGGCUCGGCGAGUCGCAAGAACAGCUGUCCGUCAAGCUGAGGGAGAGAGAGAGGUCCGAGAGCAAGACCGACAGGUCUCGAGAGCCACGCAACACAAGUCACAUAGAGACCCAAAGGGUGCCCCCUUGGAUGCAAAGAGCUAUACUUCUACGUUCACCGAUACAAGCUGUUAUCGAGUUCGAGAUGAGGACCAACUUGAGGAAGAAGUCAAUGAGAAACGAAAGAAGGACAGAGAAGCGGCAAAGGCGGCGUUGAUGAACUAUGCGAGACGGAAGAUUGAUGAAGAGAGAAAAGAGGCCGAGCGGCAGGCAAUGAUACAAGCUUCCGAAAGGAUCCUCGCUUCAGAAGUCGCGAAACGAGAAGCCGAAGAAAAGCAAGAGGAAGAAAAACGACUCCAAGAAGAGGAGGAGAAGUUAGCCGAGGAAAGAGCAAAGAAGGACGCCGAGCAGAAAGAGAAGGAGGCGGGUUCCCUCAACGCAGCGGAGAAGUUGGCUAAUGAGAAAGAGAAAGAGAUGAGGCGAAUGAAAGAAGAGAUGGAGAGGCAAUUGGCUGAGGAAAGGGCGAAGAAACGCGCCGAAGAGAGAGACAGAGUAGCAAGGCAGUUCAAAGAGGAGAGGGCUAAGAAGCUAGCAGAAGAGAAGGCAAGGAUAGCUCUAGAGAGGAAGAACAUGAGAAAGCAAGCUGAAGCAGAGGCAUAA